AUGUCUGAGAAAUCUCUACGCCAAAUUGCAAGUGCAUUGGUUCGUCCUCAAAGACGGGCUGAGACCUGCGGUCCGCAAAAAAGACCCGCUUUGCUGGAAGAAAGCGUGAUCCUGCGUCAUGACAACGCGCCUGUUCACAAGUCCAGAGUUGUGCACGAGCUUCUUGACGGCUACUCGUGGGAAUUUCUUGUGUUGGAACACCCGCCCUAUUCGCCCGAUCUCGCCUCUUGCAGCUUCCACCUCUUCCCCAAGAAGUACGUGGACGUGGACAUAUUCGGCGCGUGCGGCAAAGCUUGCCCCAAGACCCCCGACUGGUGCGGCCGUGACAUGGGACAGUACCACUUCUACCUGGCCUUCGAGAACUCUCUCUGCGCCGACUACGUCACCGAAAAGUUCUUCAAAAUCUUCCGGAAGGAUUUCCCGGUGGUGCCUGUGGUGCGCGGCGGUGCGGACUACGAUCAGCUGUUCCCACCACGGACUUUCGUCAACGCGGCGAGUUUCAAAAGCGCGAAAGAGUUGGCGCUACAUUUGAAAAAGCUGCGCGGAAAUGCGGAGGAGUACGGGGAACUUCUGUGGGAAAAGUUGCAGUACACGAAAACGAAACACGAUCUAAACGAUUUCCACUGCCAGCUUUGUGAAUAUCUCAACAGCAGGGACCCGCUUGUGAGAAGAUUUUACGACAUUAGGAAGUGGAUGGGCUCCUGUGACAUACCUAAAGAUAUUGCAGGGUGAGGAGAUAGGUCUGUUUUGGGAUGUGUGAGUUUAUGCAUGUGUCUGGGGUAUGGUUUUGUAUUAAUAUAUACAUGUAUAAGAUUGCCAUGUUUUUCCAAUGUCAACUUUCCUAUGUUA